UCGGUUUGUGUUAGACGUCGAUGUUGUAUUGCUCGUGUGAAAAAUUAGCGUUUUCUUGACUCCAGCCAGUCUGCUUGCAGCCCAGAUGAUUGUCGAAUCUAGGAUCGUGAUGGUGACCAGUGUUUAGGGGUAUCGGAAGUGCGUCCGGUCGAUCUGUUUCACUGCCGUGGACGGUUUUACAUAUUUGGUCCCGUGAGAAGGUGAAAGUGAAGAUCUUCCAUUGGAUUAAGUUGUUGAGUGUGUGUGUCAAGAAAGUGCAUCAUCUUCCAGUUGGGUGUUUUGCUUCGCCUUCUUUUUUCGAGGUUCACUCCCAUUCUGAUUACCGAGAGGAAUUCGCCCGUAUGUAUGCAUCCUCACGCUCGCAUACGUACGUAGGUCCUUUCUGGUGAAUGUGAACCAGUGCCGGUGUAUUGGUGAAGUAAUAUUCCUGUUUUGUUGAUAGUGGGUGGUGUUUGGGAUGAAAAGAUGAUUAAUAACAACCACUUUGAAGAGAGUGAAGUUUAGUGUUUACCAGUCAACAGAAAAAGGAUAUUAAUUUUUAUCGAAUGUGUUACGUCAGCUUACAUGCGAGGUCUACGAUCGAGUAAGUGUGUAGCGAAAGGUUAGGAAUUUAUGAAAAAGAAGAAAAAAAAGAGGUUAUCAAGUGAGUGAGGCAACCGGCUUUCACAUGCAGCUCGAUGAAAUCGAUCAUCCAUCGAGGGAGAGUGGUGAUAAUUAAAAGUAUAAAACAAACACUGAAGACGAAAGGCGUGACAAUAAUAUCUCGUCUCGUCGAGUGUCGAUCGAAAGCAACAUAAUGACAGAAAGAAAGUUUACCCGCGGGCUCAAUAAGCCCGGAAUGGCCGCCCAGCUGAGGGAGAACAUCUCGCAGGUUGUACGUGAAUCUGCUUCACUUAACAAACCAGUCCUGGUAGAGCCUAUUGACUUCGAGGGGUUUAUCAUUAAAAACAAAACUCUCAUUCAAAAUGAUCCCCAACGAGAGCUACUGUUAUAUCCCAGCGACGAUGUGACGGAAGUGGUACUAUCGAAAAAAUUUCGAACCAUUACCAGCAACAUACCGAAUUUUUCCAGAACUUCAUCCAGCAGUAGCGAUAGUACUAAAAGUACCAGCAAUCCAUCAUCCAACGGAGCAUGCAUAAACGACAGUAGACCAUCAUCGCCCACCGUAAAUGUACAGGGUCAUUUGUUGACUCGCCAAGCCUUACAUACCUACGAGUCCGCUAACCAUGUGAUACACUACAAAUACAGUGCUUACGGAGGAACAUAUUUAGAGUUGCCACGAACGUCUCCGUCUGACGAAUUGAAAGAAGAACUGUAUGAAAUCGACACUGAUCACGAUCGGAUGGAUGAACAGAUGACACGUUCCCAGGCAGAUACGAUCACUAAACAGGGUUAUCUAAUGAAAGGACCGGAAACAAACUCGGAUCGUAUGUUUGCCCACAUCGGUUCGAAGUCCUUCAAACGACGUUAUUGCUAUCUUCGGCAGGAGAUCGACGGAACCUACAUACUAGAGUUACACAAAGACGAGAAACAAGUUGAGGCAAAAACAACUAUUGUUAUGGAUUUUUGCACUGAAGUGAUAACAAACCCGAAAAAGGGACGGUACUGCUUCGAACUUAAAAUGAAUGCUGGCCAACAUAAAUCCUUCACGUUGGCGGCCGACGAUGAGACUGAUAUGGAGGAUUGGCUCAAAAAGAUUUCCUCUGUGAUUCAACAAAACAAACUGCAAGAUGAUAAGCGGGCUGCUUCAUUAGAGAGAGCCCCACCUCCCAGUCCGAGCACCAUGAUGUACGGUACUUUAAAGGGUCUAGAACAGAGUAUGAACCCCCAGUUAAUGAAAUAUGGCCGAGAAACGGAUAUGUCAAUUGCUCAGGCAAGAAAAGAAAAUCGUCGAAGGCUGUUUGGUGCUUCACAACAACAUCAUGCACACGCCGCUACUGCUAAACUGUCUAGCAACAAGGCAGAGAUCGUCGAACCAUACCAAGAACAGUUCGGUCAGAGGAUUAUCGUGAAAUGUGAUUCUUUGAAGUUUAGGCUACAGGCACCGUUAGAAGGAAGCGGAUCAUCGAAUGGGACUAUUGCGAACGGGGAUAGCGAUAUGUCAUUGUGCCAGCUCGAACCCUACUUGACAAGUGUGGCACUAUACGAUGCAAAAGCCAACCGCAAGCUUAGUGAGAACUUCUACUUUGAUCUGAAUAAGGAGCACGUGAGCGCUAUGCUAAAUGCCGCAUGUGAUCCGGAAAAACCGCAGUGUACAUCACCGAAACCAAUCAGUAAGUCGCAACAGAACGGUAACGGAACUCUACGACAUUCGAAGACUCGCUGCGAUACCAGCGACGAUCUACACUCGGAUGUUACGAAGGAGUGGUUAGCUCAGGCGAAACAUGCUGUAUUUAGUGUUACCACACCAAAUUCAGAUAUUUUCGUCGUUGUCAAGAUCGAUAAGAUUCUGCAGGGCGCUAUAAAUCAGUCGACUGAGCCGUACCUCAAAGCAACCAAAGAUGUAAAGAUUUUAUCUAAGUUGCAGAAAACGCUCAAACAGUACGCUCAGAAAUGUGGUCAUUAUCGCAUGCCGUUUGCAUGGGCAGCGCGUCCGCUAUUUCGGUUAUACAGCAACGAUUUGGAUACUUCGUUCGAUUUUCCUGCCAUCUAUCGGCAGGAAACAGCACGAUUGAAAGACGAUGAACUUCUGAAACUGUUGGCAGAAUAUCGGAAACCAGAUAAAUUCAGUAAAUUGACAGUAAUUCCGGGUUCUUUGAAGAUCUACAUUGAAACUUUGAAUGAGUUACCACCAAAUUGUUUGACAACUAGUCUUGUUCCACUAAAACCAUUCCCAUCACCUCCCACCGUUGAACCCACUUUGGAAAUUGCCGAAUUUGCCAGUACCUCCGAACAACAUUUGAAUCCUUAUGCCACCUACGUGAACCAUUUAUAUGUGUAUCCAUUGCAUCUGAGUUACGACAGCCAGAAGAUCUUUUCCAGAGCACGUAAUUUAGCCGUACUGGUAGAACUACGCGAUAGUGACACGUCCGAGGCGAAGUCCAUUGAGUGCAUAUACGGUCGACCUGGACAGCCCAUCCUGGUCUCGCAGAUGUCCUGCCCUGUUCUCCACCACAACACUAGCCCGACGUGGAACGAGGAAAUCAAACUUCGACUUCCGCUUCGAAUAACCACGCAACACCAUAUCUUGUUUUCGUUUUUCCAUGUGUCUUGCAGCAUUGCCAAAAAGAAAGACUUGGUAUCGGCCAGUACUGAGGUACCGGUCGGAUACGCUUGGCUACCGUUGCUAACUAAAGGCAAGAUGAAUAUCGAGGAACAGUGUUUAGCGGUAGCUGCAUCGCUACCGGUAGGAUACUUGUCGAUUCAACCGCUUGGUUUGGGCAAAGGGAACUCUGGUCCGGACAUCCAAUGGAUUGACAAUCAACGACCGAUUUUUACCGUGAACUUUCGGUUGGAUUCCACUGUGCUUACCACCGAUCAGCACCUGCACAAUCUAUUUGUUCAUGCCGAACGUCUGCUCGAACAGUCCAAAACGACCGUUUUGCCAGCUGAAUCAGAAACAUGCAAAAUACUGAAGGCCGCCCAUGCCAUACACGUGAGCUCUCUGAUAACGUUUUUGCCGACCAUCCUGAAUCAAUUAUUCACCCUGUUACUCGCUACCGUAAGCGAGGAGAUCGGUCUGAAUAUCAUCCGGUUGCUCGUUAACUUGUUUCACAUGGUAGCGGAGGAAGCGAAACGAAAAGAAUUACUGGUUUCCUAUGUAAAAUUCGUGUUUCGAAUCGAAGCGUUCCCAGUGAAUGGAUGUUCUCCGAAGUCACAACACGUGAACACAGUGCACGGUGAACUAUGCCGACAUCUGCCGACCUUGUUACAUCCGAACAAUACGGACUUUUUGCUUGUGAACAAAUUCAUGAAAUUUUCGGGAAUAUUUUUCGAUAUCAUUGUUAAAAGCAUGGGUCAAUUCUUACUUUCCACUGGUCGGAUCAAGAUGCAGCGUAACGAACGUUUCCCAAAAGAGUUUGCGGCACGGAUAGAGUCAUUGUUCCAAGUGUUGCUUCCUUAUCUAAACUCUCGCCAUAAAGAUCUUCCAGUGGAGACCGAACAGUUGAAUCGAAGCCUCUCGGUAUUUGUCAAACGCUGUCUGACCUUCAUGGAUCGUGGGUUCGUGUUCCGGUUGAUUCGCAUCUACAUGGAUCGCUGGGGACCCGGAGACUCUCGAGUUCUGCAGGAAUAUAAAUUCGCCUUCAUCAAAGAAAUCUGCUCUCACGAACAUUACAUUCCGUUAAACCUUCCGUUCUUACUUAGUCCAAAUAAUCGCCCACCGGAUCUGUUGCAGCAGUUCUGCCUUUCAGAUGACUUCUGUCGGCAGCAUUUUCUGGCCGGAUUGCUUCUACAGGAGGUAAAAGGAUCACUCAAUGAGGUUAGUCACAUUCGGAAGCUCGGCUUGACAAUACUUAGAGAUCAGUUGGCUAAACACGAUCUGGAUGAUCGUUACCCAAACAAAGGACAACACAGCCGCAUCGCACUACUCUACGUUCCUUGGCUCGGAAUUGUAUUGGAAAACCUCAGUCGGAUUUCUGAUGGAUUGGAAAAGAAAAAACACGACUCUAACGGAACGAACAGAAUCUCCUGCAACAGCAGCUACGUAUUCGCCAGGGAAUCAACCCCUCUUGCUACAGCACCGUCCAGAGUUACUUCUCAGACAAGCACUCCAAAGUCCAGAAGCAACCGUGUUACGAUGCAUUUCGAUUGUCCCAGUCCUAUACGAUCUUCACUACAUCUAAAGGAUAACAGUUUCCUGGCGGCAAUUGCUGGUCAAAUGUCACUAGCUAACGGUCAUUCCACGACUUCGCUUAACUCAGAAUGCUCAACAUUAUCGCAUGAUGGUACCGUCGUCAUACGAAAUCAACAGAGUGAAACUAACGGCUCCAUCCGACCUAGUCAUGCACGGUCGAUUAGUGUCACGCAGCCUACCAUAAUCCAAAGAACCGAUAAAUUUACCCCAGCAGAAACCAAAGAUAUGCUGAUAAGUUUUCUGUUUAUCGUCAAACAUCUUUCUCCUGAUCAUAUGAUUGCUUGGUGGCACAAUUGCACCGAAAGUGAAACCGUGCAAUUUUUUACAAUAUUAGAUCUUUGCCUACUGUAUUUCCGAUACGUCGGUAAAAAGAACAUUCAGCUGCUCAGUGACACCGGAAAAGAUUCGAAAGCUACGAAAUCAGCUAAAGCUAGCACUCUCCCGGCGAGGAUGAUGCCCCCGAGCAGCGAAUCUGCAAAUUCAUUCGAAUGUGGAACGUUGAACCAUCCGCAGAACCGAGAAAACCUCGUUGAAGAAACUAUGCGGUUACAGAGGGCACUUUAUGAAUCCAAUCUAGCAACCGAAAUUGGUUUGACGAUCCUGGACUGCAUGGGACUUUACUCAAUCCAGUUUCGCAGUUCUAUGCAGGAAAGCUCAGUUUUAGCCAAAAUUGCUCGAGUCUACUUGCGAUUUCUGCAGCUGGGUCAAUCCGAAUCCCUCUCGAAGCACGUAUUUGCAGCUUUGCGGGCAUUCAUCAACAAUUUCUCGCAAGCGCUGUUCAAAGGAAAUGCCAUUCUCUGUGGUCAACUGGUGUACGAAUUGCUCAAAUGCUGUGAUAGCCGGUUAUCUAGCCUACGCCAGGAAGCCUGUGCAGUUCUGUAUUUAUUGAUGCGAAGUAACUUUGAGUUCAGUGGGCGGAAGGGAUUGACAAGAGUGCAUCUACAAGUGAUUAUCUCUGUAUCGCAAAUGAUUGGCAAUGUGAUCGGAUUGAACAAUGCUCGAUUCCAAGAAUCACUUUCAAUUAUCAACAGCUACGCUACCAGUGAUAAAGCCAUGAAAGGGACCGGUUUCCCACUAGAAGUAAAAGAUCUAACGCGGCGAGUUCGAACCGUACUCAUGGCGACAGCUCAGAUGCAAGCUCAUCAUAUGGAUCCAGAGCGAUUGCUAGAGUUACAACAUUCCUUGGCCAAUUCGUAUGCUUCCACCCCAGAACUUCGACACACCUGGCUGGUGACGAUGGCUAGAAAUCAUGAACAGAAUGGGAACAUCUCGGAGGCUGCCUGUUGUUACCUGCACAUAGCGGCUUUGAUUUCCGAAUAUCUGAAAUUGAAAGGAUGCUGUGCGGUAGCAUACGGAGCGGAGUCGUUCUUGAAGAUCUCCCGAAACAUUCCACGUGACGAAAAGGGGUUGAAACUAGACAGUGGUGCUCAGGAUUCCCAAUACACGGAACAGUUGUUGCUUGAUCAGCUGAAAGAGUGUGCCGAAUAUUUAGAUCGAGCUGAGAGGCAUGAGUGUUUGGGUGUAUUGUAUCGGUUGAUAGUACCGAUUCUGGAAGGACGACGGGACUUUACCGGACUGGCACAGUGCUACGAGCACCUGAUGCAGUCGUACAAUCGAAUAAUCGAGUUCAACAAAACAGGAAAGCGACUACUGGGCAGGUUCUACCGAGUUGUCUACUACGGACAGGUCUAUUUCGAAGAAGAAAAUGGCGUAGAAUAUGUCUACAAAGAACCUAAGGUAACAUCUUUAAGCGAGAUAUCCGAGCGUCUAAACAAACAAUAUCGAGACAAAUUCGGAAGUGACAAUGUAAAAAUGAUAAUGGAUUCAUCUCCGGUCGACGUAUCCACGUUGGAUCCCAAGCUGGCCUACAUUCAGGUAACUCACGUAACACCGUACUUCUGUAAAGACGAGCUGGAGAUGAGACAAACGGAGUUCGAGCAGAACCAUGACGUUGAUACAUUUAUGUAUGAGACACCGUUUCUUCCGAAUGGUGGUGCUCGAGGUUCCGUGGAGGACCAAUGGAAGCGACGGACAAUAUUGACUACCCAGUACAGUUUUCCGUACGUGCUGAAACGCAUACCCGUCAAGGAGCGACAAUCUGUCGAGCUUAGCCCGAUCGAAGUGGCUAUCGAUGAAAUGCAGGCAAAGGUGGCUGAGCUAGAAGAGGUGGUCCUUGGGCCAAUAGACCUGAAAAAGCUUCAAUUACGACUGCAGGGUAGUGUGGCCGUUACCGUCAAUGCAGGUCCUUUGGCAUACGCUUCGGCAUUUUUAGACCCGAAGAACAGCUCCAAGUACUCUGCAGAUAAGGUGGAAGAUUUGAAAGAAAUUUUCAGGGAGUUUAUCCGUAUUUGUUACACUGCUUUACAAAUCAACGCCAACGUUAUCUCAUCCGAUCAGCGUGAGUAUCACAAUGCGUUAAAAGAAAACUACGAAAACCUGUGUUCGGCACUCAGCGAUUUACUAGGAGAGUUUGUGUAUCCUCUGGACGAUAGUACUAGCAGUGCUCACCGCCAUAGUCUUGCCUUGUUCAGUGCCAUAAGUGGGGCACCGAACAACUCCAGCACUGCAUAGAUAGGUUUACCAAAAAAAGGUACCACUUUUUCUAUGGCUUUUAUAAUCAUCUUAGGACAACGCACAACAAUUGUUGAAGAGGUUUACAAGUAACACAUGGUUAAAACAAUGCAGGAAAAGUGGUUUUGCAUCUUUAGGUAGAAUAAUUGAUAUAAACCACCGGCACACAAGAAUUCUUUGAAAGCCAUAGCCAUCAUGGGAAAGAAAAAACUAGUACAUUUGAAAAAAAAUUGGGAGGGAACCGUAAUCUUUCCUCGAAGUUAAUAAAUAUUAUUAAAUUAUAAAUGAAAUCUGCUCGAAGCAAAUCGUUCGCUCUACAGCUUCUCUUUCGGUUCAUUCAUUGGCAUCUGGCCUAUAACAGAGCUAGAAAUGCAUGUUGAAAACAGGCCCGGACAAGUCUUGUUUUAAUCUACAUUGUAGGUACAGUAAGUUAAGUUCUACCGUAAAAAAAGUCGCGAAACGGUACUACCAAUCUAGCAGACGAAACAUUGCAUUGUUUAGGUGUUAAAUCAUGUAAGAACAAAAAUUAUUUUAUAUCGAACAAAACAACAAAAAUUUUAUCAAUGGAAUUUGAGCGAUUUGUACCGGGGACUUCUCUUCUGCCGGUCAUUUUCGCUGGGAAAAUUUCAAAUUGGAACUUACCUCGCAUAACUUAGUUUCAGUUAAUCAGUCCUUUUUGGAGCGGUUCGAAGAACCACGGUGAAGAGGCGCAUGUUUCGUGUUCGAUAGUAGCGAAUACGCCCCAUUUUAUUCGAAGAAGAAAACAAUCUCCUUGCUGUAACUGUUUUGUUCCUCUACAUUUUUCUUUUUCAUAAAAACAUAUUUUAAUACCUACGACAAGAUGAACCCUACCAUACAAAACUAGAACAAAAAUGAUGAUGCAACAGAACAAUUUAAUGGAACAAUAUAAAAAUUAAUGAAUACAAGACUGCCGAGUAGUUCCAAAAAUUCAAAUUAUAUAAAACAAUAAUAUCAAUUCUACACGCACACUGUUUCUCGAUAGUUGUGCAUCAGUUUUAACUUACAUAAUUGAAAAACAGAACGUAACACCACGAGUUCACAUUAAAGAAUAGUGAAGUACUUUUUUUUCGGAUAAGAACUAAAUCAAUCAACUUCAGCUCAGUGCUUAAAGCAUCACUUAUUAAGAGUUUAAAUUAAAUUGUACAUUUUUUUGCUAGUCACAGGAUGAAACAAUCAUUUUAAUAUGUAUAAUAUUUUCUCUAUUUUUAUUUCUAUAUCAAAAGUCUCACGUUGUGAUUCUUGUAUAUGCAUUAUUUUCUUUUACAACCAUACAAUUUAAGAAUCAUUAAAAUAUAAUAUUGAUAAAGAACACUAUCUCAUAUCUUGUUGAGUUUACAGAAUUCGAUAAGAAUUUCGAAAGAUUUAGGCAUAUAUGUAUAGUAAUAAAUUGUUAUGGUCGUUGUAUUUACAGUUAUUGUUUGUUUACUCAAAAAAAAAUAUCGCCUCCGUUGAAAUCACAACCGACGGAAGAAAAUAUUUUUAUCAGAGGAACCGUGUUCAAAAUCUAAAACUUUAAUUAUAUUAUAUAAGCUUUUCUUUAACAGUAAGACAAUUUCAAAUCAGGCAAUUAGCAACUACCGUUUAGAAAUAAAUAAUAAUCCUCACUGUAGCAGGUAUAUUGUCAGGUAGCAUCUGAACCAAGAACAAAAAAAAAAACAGCGGUGAUUAUGCUUACUCGUAUACAUUAGUAGGUUUAAGUAGGAAUGUCAUGUUUACUGAAAUACACUCAAUUAUAGACUAGUACGAAUCGUAGAGAAUGAAAUCAUGGCGAACAAUUUCUAGAACUGUAUACAAUAAUCAGCCGGGAAGUUGAACGAAACGUACAUCGCAAACGGUCAGUUGAUAAGCGCAUCAUUAUUAUUCAGCAUACUGUGUUAUAUGAAAGUUGUACUCAAAUUGUAAUGGCAAAUAAUGGAAUAAACAAUUUAAUUGUGA